AUGGCUUGUUGCAAGAUAUAUUUAAUGCUGUCAGCACUAAUUACUUGUCACGUGAGUGCAAAUUACGAACGUUUGAAAAAUUGGAAUCCAGAGAGCAUAUCGCAUCCUUGGAAUAAACAGUAUGAAGUUUACGAGAGUGCUCCUUCCGAGAUUCUGCCUGAUUAUAAUUUUGGAUUGCGCAUAAAUCGAACUGUAGAUCGUUUCGGAAGCCCAUCUAAACCUUUUCCGAUUGUUGUUAAGAAAGAGCCCGUCGAAGAGAAAAACUUGAAAAAGAUUCCGUUUUAUACGUUCACUAAUAAAGAUUCCACAAGGUACAAGGAAUUGACUCCCGACUUGGGAAUUGCGCACUGUCAGGAGAUCAAGGUGAAAUCGACCGGGAGGAAUGGCGAACCGAGAAAAGGCAUUACGACUUGCUACAAUUGCAAGGAUCCAAAAACUAAAUCCACAUACAAGCGUUGUUUAUACAGCAGUCUUCCGGAAGAGAGCGCAUCCGCUAAUACGAAUAUGGAACGUUACCUGUCCGUGCCUACUGGCUUCAGACAUCGAAGAUCCAAUUUUGAAAGAAGCACAGAUAAUUACGGAAGACCACGAAAUCCUUACCGAUUCACUGAUGAAUACUUCACCGACGCCAGCCGUGACGUACCGGCUGCAUACGAAAACAAGGGAGAGAAAUGCGAUAAGGUCGUAAAAGAUUCUAUGGUGUGCAUGGUGUGCAAGGAUCUUAAAACCAAUGGCAAAUACGAGCAGUGCUCGUAUGUAAAGCAGCCGCAUGAGAAAGAGUACUCAUACGUUAAAUCCAGCUCGUUUGGCAAACCCCGGGAGAACGACGGCGAAGAACGUCCCGAUCCUGGCAAUGUAGAGUCUCGUGAAUAUUCCUAUCCGAGCGAGGAUUAUUCCGAGAAGACGUCAACGGCGAACGAACGGGAUGAGGUAAAGGAUGCUCCUUCAGCAGAUUGUAAACAGGUGCAAAGGGAUUCCAAGACGUGCACGGUGUGCAAGGACUCUAAGACAGGCGGUACUUACGAGAAAUGCACUUACAAUUAUCAACCCAGCGAUAAGUUGUAUAAAUACAGCAGAUCGAAAAGCUUCGGAUAUCCGGAUAAGGUCUCGGAUUCCACUCGGGACUUAAACACGAAUCAAACAUCGGAGAAAUCGAAGGAUUUUGAUUAUCCGCAAAGUUCCGAUUCGCGCGAUUAUUUAGAUAAAUCGGAAAUCUCUACUUAUCCACGGAGCUCCGACGAAGUCGUGAAAGCUCAAGACCCGAAUGAUUCCGACGGUACGUCUCACGGUUCACCCGACUACAGCAGCGACUACUCCAGUUCCGAAAGAUCGAGCGAUUACAAAUUCCCAUCACACAAUAGCGAUUCUGAAUCUUACGACGGCCAAACGACAUCUUCCUCAAAACCCACUUCGGAGAGUUACUCCGAAAGUAUCAGCGCGGACAAUUGCAAAACGGUGCAGAAGGAUUCAAUGACGUGCAAGGUUUGCAAGGAUCCGCAAACGGGCAACGACUUCGAGCGGUGCUCGUACUCGUACCAGCCCAGCGACAAGCUCUAUUCUUACAGUAAAUCCCGGACGUUCGGCAAUCGGCAGAAUGACAAGUCCGAGCAAACGGAUUCGUCGAACGAAGACGAGCGCUCGCCGGAAAGUUCCGAGAUCGUGAAGAAGUCUUACGACGAAUACGCGCCGUCGGGACAGGUUUACGAAGCUUCGACGACGGACGAGACAACGUCCAGGACUGACGAUGCGGAGGGGAAGAAGCUGGGAGUGGACGUCGGAUAUUUGGACACCGUAAAAAAGAAGGCCGAGAUCGAGGAGUUUAUGCAGAAGUUUCGGAAGGAGGACCGAUCGAAGUGCAAGAAGAUCAUGCGCGACAAGAUGACCUGCUACCAGUGCGUCGACGAGGAGGGCUUCCAGAAGGAGGAAUGCGCCUUUGUCACCGGCCACGAGCCCGACAAGGAACAGCUCGUGUUUCACGAGACGAAAGAAUUUCAAGUGGACACCGCGCCGCCGCGUGUCCGCGACAUCAAGCCGUCGACGAGCUCGACGAGCACGAAGGCGGCGGACUCCGUGGAGCCCAGCGCGUCCGCCAGCAAAAAUUCUUACGUUAGACUGGAGAAGCCGGACAACGAUUAUCCCGACGAGGCGUCGUCGUCGUCGCACACGGCGGCCGAGGAAACGAAGGAGGCCGAGCCGUAUGAUUACACAUCGGAGACGAGACCCAAAUACGACAAGGUCCUUAGAUUAACUCUGCCGGCGUACAUGUUCACCACUUCGGAACACGAAGCGGCGUUUGACGAGCUCGUAGCUGCUGCCCAUGAUCAGCGCUAA